AAAAAAGUUGUCAAACUUUUCUCAUUCAAAUGAUUGGAAGCAUGCGGACAACUAUGUAGGAAAACGAUAUCUGGAAAAGGUAGACCGAAACGUCUACUUCGACGAUGUCAAGCUUCAAAUGGACGCUAAGCUAUGGGGAGAAGAAUACAACCGGCAACCUUCUGUUUCAAAACAAGUGGAUAUUUUUCAAAUGUGCGUUGUGGAGCUUAGGGACCUCCCUGAAAAGCCGCUCUAUCACCUAGAGAACUUCAUUGAAGGUACCUAUCGGAAGUAUAACUCGAAUUCUGGAUUCGUCGAUGAUUGUAUGCGUAAUACUCCCCAACCUCAUUAG